AUGUGCCUGAAUUUUUGCUUUCCUGCCGUCCAGGGAUACAGUAAACAAUUUCUGUUUUCAGAUCGCCCUGUCCACACCGGGGAAAGCAUGCAGGCUGACAAGCGAACCAACAGACAGGACCAACAGAGCCAACAGAUUCCGGACGGAGCGGGGCAGGCGGGCUGGGCAAACACUUGCGCAAGCUGUCAAACUCCAGGCUCUGACAUUCGUGACGGCUGUAUUAAACGGAUGUCCGCUGCCAUCCGCCUCCAUGAGUUGACAUGCUUCGUUGCAGACUUAUAA